AUGGGCAGUGGGAAGAAAAUGUUAUAUUGUAUAAACAAAACACCUGAAGAGAGUUUAAUUCAAGAUAUAUAUUCCUCCACAAUCAAUUCAUUUGAAUGGGGACACAUAGUUGAUGACUUAAACUGCAUCACAGAGCAUGAGAUCUUUAUUGCAAACUGCUUAAACCGUCAUGUGUUGCAAGUCAGCAUGUAUGCAUACAUGGAGCAUGUUGGUCCCUUUGACGACAAUGAACCCAUCAAUGAGAAAUAUAGGUUUAUGGCAUAUAGAAGAUUUGUGCAGUGGAUAUGGCAUCGCCUUGGACGUCACAACAGAAAGAUCUUGCCUGCAUGUGUUGUGAAAAAAAUUAGGGACAGUUUCCCAUCUGAAGAAUACUGUGGCUUCAAAUAUGCAGUUGUAUAAAUUAAGUUUGGACUAAUUACUUUUUGUAACUAUUUAUUCUGAAUGAAACACUUGUAUUAAUAAAAACAUUGACUUUUUGUUUUUGCACAGUAGAUCCUGUUUUAAAGAAUAAAUAAAAUAAUAAAGGUGUACCUUAUAACAAGUUUUUUGUUGUUCAAUGCUAAACAAAAAAUCAAGGUUGACAUUCCUUCACAAUAAUCAACAUGAAAAAAGCCUGCAAAACUCCUCAAUAUAAUUCACAUGUAAAAGUUUACAGUGAACAUCCACUGCAUAUCAUACAAAAUCAUUACACUUGUUCUGACAUUCUUCCUGUAGAACAAUCUAACUGCUGGUCAAAUGGAUUUUUUUUUGAUUUAUCAUAAGACUAGGAAGACAAAUUGAUGUUAA